AUAUUUCUAGCACGCACGCCAUGAAUGGACAACAACUUGACUGUGCUCUUGACCUGAUGAGGAGGCUUCCUCCGCAAAACAUUGAAAAGAACCUUUCUGAUUUGAUCGACUUAGUUCCUGAUCUGUGCGAAGACUUACUCGCUUCUGUCGACCAACCACUUAAAAUAUCUAAAUGUAAAAAAACAGGUAAAGACUACCUGCUUUGCGACUAUAACCGGGAUGGUGAUUCCUAUAGAUCACCCUGGAGUAAUGAGUAUGAGCCUCCAAUUGAGGACGGCAGUAUCCCAAGUGAUAAGACGAGGAAAUUCGAGGUUGACGCUAACUUUGCUUUUGACAUGUACAGAGAGCAGUAUUUCGAGGGUGGUAUCAGCAGCUGUUACUUCUGGGACCAGGACAACGGCGGAUUCGCAGGUGCAAUAUUGAUAAAGAAGACGGGUGACGGAAGUAAGAAGUUCAAGGGAGCCUGGGACUCUAUCCACGUUGUGGAGGUCCAAGAGAAGGGCGCAGGUAGAAAUGCACACUACAAACUGAUAUCCACUGUGAUGUUGUGGCUUCACAAUUCUCGACCUGAGUCCGGCACUAUGGACCUAGGGGGCUCCUUAUCAAGACAGGCAGAGAAAGACGCGCCAGUGACGGACAUGUCAUCCCACAUAGUGAAUAUCGGCCAGAUGGUGGAGAAGAUGGAGAACAGUAUCAGAAGCACGUUGGAUACUAUCUACUUCGGUAGGACACGUGACAUCAUGAACGAGACCAGAUCUCUUGUCGACCUGAAAGGAAAGGAGAAGAUGGACAAAGUCAACAGACAACUCGCGACCGCAUUGGCGGAGAAGAACAAGAAGUCUGCGCAGUAAACCAUGUACAAAUACCAUGUUCAACUUCAACACUUCAUACACUAUACACGUGUUUAUACAAUGUACACGUGUAUAAAGUGUACAAUGUAUGAGUUAUGUAGCAGAACAUGUACUUCCAAUGUUGUUUACUUAGUAGUGUCUCGACCAAUGAAGUGACUUGAAAACUCUCCCGCCUCGAGGAGAGACUCAAUGUGAAAAUAAUGCAUUUUACGCUUUUUAUACGCAAAACCUGUACUUUUGUUAAAAUAUAUAUAACCGCAUAACAUAAUACUGUGAUCUGACAUUGAGUUGUUUAGUGUUUAACGACGAGAAGCACUAAAGAGUAGAAAUAGUAGGCGGUGUAUUCAAUAUCCUUUAAUCCUACUAGCUACCAUUUCUGUAGAAUUCAGCUUGGAAUGUUCUUAUGAUAUUAUGUUUCAUAACUGCUGCUAGUUUCGUAAUACAUAAGUAAAACGUAUUUUGUACACAAGUUUAAACCUUUUUUGAGAACAUUUAGUAUGAUUUUAUUUCCAUUACUCGAUUUCAAGUGACGAUAUUGGUGAUAUAUGUUAUAUUAGUGAUGCUGAGGAUAUAGUACAGAGGCAAGUACAUUAGGAAGGGGUUAAGUGAUCAGUCAGACAAGUUUUGAGGCACAUAUUAUGUAGAAUAUGAAAUUAUAAGUGUCCAUUUGUUGUGUUAACUAGUUUUAAUUUUUGUUUUAAUAUUCGAUGCGAGUGAUUUUUAUAUUGCAUUCAUUUAACACACAUGCGCAAAACCCGAUUUCACGUUUUUUAAACGUGAAACAUCUGAUUUUACCGAGUUAGUUAUACCACUGCAAGUCCUUUUAUUGUCAAAAGAUGUUAGGUGUGUUUUAAAUAUUCAUCGUUCAUUCGAACAAAACGUUGUUUUCGUAAGUUGUGCUAUUUUGUAGAGAAUUGGGAUCAUGAUGAAGCAAAUUGACCAUUAAUUCAGCUAUCAAUUCGAUAUAAUUCAAUUGUUCGUGAAUUGUACGGUUUUAUCAAUGGCUUGAUCCACUUGAAAUUAUAAUUAAAUGUGUGAAUUUGUUUA